AUGGGCGAGCAAUACUACAGCAUGGAGGACACGCAAACAACUUGGGGCGGCGCUGGGAGCCCCCCUCAGAACCAAGCCUUCUUCGACUCCCGCAUCGAUGACAUCGUCUUUGCUUCCUCUAUUUUAUCUCUUGUUGUACUCUCAUCCCGUCUCUUGAGCGGGAGAAUCCAAAAGAGUCUUCCCCAGUGGCUUCGGCCGUUUGCUGCUGAGACGGAAACCCCAAAAGCGAGAGACAAGAGCCGUCCAGUCUGGUGGGCCUUGAUUCUUGGCUUCCUCUCGCUCUCCGGCUUCAUUCUGGCCAUUCUACCCAUUAUUGUUCUAUCACAUAGGCUAUGGGCCAUUUUCGAAGUCGUGCCCUGGCUUGUUGUCACUCUCAUCACUGCUCUCGACCGCCCCGUGAAGACUCCGCGGAUCCUGUUGGCUCAGUACUUCGUCAUGUUUAUUGCUUCCCUUGUUAUCUGCUCCAUACAUUUCAUCCAUAAGAGCCUCCAUUCCGUCGACGCUUUCUUUCUCUCGAGGCUCGCAAUCUCUUGCUUCGCCCUCGUGGCAAUAAUCAACAUGCCUCUCCGUGAUCCACGCUGGGACGCAGCCGAUAUUGGAAAGGAGCCGUCCCAGGAGACCCGAAGCCCUGAGGACAACACCACCCUUUUCCAGUUCUGGACCAUGAAUUGGGUAUAUCCCUUGGCCGGAAUCUGCAUCAAGAGAGAUCUGGCAGUCGAGGACGUCUGGCAGUUGCCCUUCGACUUCCAGCAUGGCCACCUCAACACCUACUUUCAAGAACUCAAGGGCCGUCUUAUCCCUCGUCUGCUUCGCGCAAACGGCCUCGACUUGAUCAUUUCCGCAUCCCUGGCCGUUGUCGAAAGGGUAUCCGAGGUCUCCAACAUCCGCCUCACGAGCGAGCUGUACGCCGCUCUAGACGCGCGUGAUCCCAACGGUGCCGUCUUCUGGUGUUUCGUCAUGCUCUCCGUCGACUGCAUACGCCAGGUCGCCAAAACAACUUCGAGCUGGUACUCCCGCAAGGCUUAUGAGCGCUCCCGCGGCGAGACCUUCAUCGGCCUCUUUUCAAAGCUGCUCACUCGUGCUGUGCCAGGAUCAGACACGAUGGAACGCGGCCCCGCGGAGGAUAAUGUUCUGGAUGAUUUCGAGAUCCAACGCCCGCAAGGAAGAUUCCGCCGGUUCUUUUCACGAAUAUUCGGCCGCAAGAGGAAGACAUCUAAGAAUGCACCACUGAUUCAGAGCCAGCCAGCCUCCAAUGCCAAGGUUGUCAACUUGGUGCGUGGUGAUACGUAUGAAAUCUCACAGCGGUUUUGGGACUUUCCCCGCCUCAUCUCACAGCCAAUCAAAGUCAUCUUCACCUUGUACUACCUCAUUGACAUCAUGGGGUGGCCCUCGUGCGUCGGCGUAGGACUCAUGCUCAUCUUCAUGUCCAUCAACUCCGGUCUCGUCCACAGGUUGAUCAAGCUUGAGCGUCUGCGAACCGCCCUUUCGGACAGGCGGGCGCAGGCUGUUGCUCACUUUGUGGAGGCAAGCCGGCCGCUUAAGCUCAAUGGGUGGGCGAAUACAUGGAGCGACCGCAUCAUGAAAUUUCGCGAUCUGGAGAUGAUAAAACGGUUGCACAUCUCGUACGUGAAUGCUGCCAUCUCCACCGUCAACGUGCUUGGCGGCGCAGCCUACCCUCUGGCCAGUAUCUGUCUCUAUACGCUUGUCCUCCGGAAAGGACUCCCCAAUGAAGUCAUCUGGCCGUCUUUGCAACUCUUCGGGCAACUGGAGAUCAGUGUCAAGGACGCCUUUGACCUCAUCUCGGCGUACUGGAAAGCAACCAUCCCGGUCGAGCGUGUCAACAAAUACAUGGAGGAGCCCGACAGGGAUGAGGACCACUCAAGCAGUUUGAACGCCCACGAUAUUGUUUUCUCAAAUGCAUCCUUCUCCUGGCCUUCAACGAGUCAUCUGGUGUUGGAAAACAUCAACCUGUCAUUUACGCCCGGUUUUACAGUCGUCCGGGGCAGAGUCGGGUCUGGCAAGUCCAGUCUCCUCCUCGCUGCUCUCAACGAGAUGGAGCUCCACGAAGGCAAUCUCUCAAGGCCAAACGCCCCAAUCGGUUACACCCAACAACUUCCAUGGCUCCAGAAUCAGACCAUCCGGGAGAACAUCAUCUUCCACCAGCCGUAUGACCAGAAGCGGUAUCACGAGGUACUAGACGUGUGCUGCCUGCUUCAGGAUCUGUCUCACAUGCAAGACGGUGACCAAACACGACUGGAAGAGGGAGGCAUCGGUCUUUCAGGAGGCCAAAGGGCCCGUGUAGCCCUCGCUAGAGUCUUAUAUAACUCCUGCGGUGUCCUGCUCCUCGAUGAUCCCCUCGCCGCUCUGGACCAUGGAACCGCCAGCCGCAUCGUCCAGCGGUUCCUCGAGGGCCCUCUGGCCAAGGGCCGGACCAUUGUCAUGGUCACGCAUCGGGACGAUCUCGUCCUCCGCCUCGCCGACCAAGUCGUCGACAUGGAGGACGGGCGGGCAAAGAUCCUCUCCAAGGAGGAAAUCCAAGCGGAGUUGGAGCACCCCAUCCAUACACCCCUGGAUCCCAAGGUUGGUGGUGUUCAUCCCUCCGUCCUGCCUGCGGAGCCUUCACAGGCAGCUGGGACCACCAACAAGAAUGGGCCAGGGGACGAGAUGGAAGCUGGCGGUGUGUCCCUCCGCGUCUACUUCAAGUACGUCAAGGCGGGAGGCCUGCAGCUGUGGGCCAUGUUGGCCGUUCUCUACGGCCUGUCCAGGUACCUGGACAUCUCCCGCGCUCGGCUGCUCGAGGCUUGGGGUAGUAGCACGGCGAAGACGCCGAUAGGCACGACCCCCAAUUUCUGGGGACUUCCCAGUCCCGAGGAACAUCCCGGCACCUGGCUCUACGUCCUGGGAGGGCUAUCGGGAGGACAGAUCGUCACAUUUGCGCUGGCCCAGGCCAUUCUUGCACACAUCUGCGUCAACGCCGCGCAGCGGUUGUUUAGAACGGCCGUGGGAAGGGUAAGCAAGGCCACUUUCCGCUAUCACGACAUCACCCCGACUGGCCAGCUCAAAAACCGCCUCAUUUCAGACAUGGGCAUGGUUGACGGAGGGAUUCUCACGCCCCUGGAGUCAUUCAUCUACAACCUCAUCGCCCUCUCCCUGAGCCUUCUAGCCAUCAUGUCCCACCAGCCUUACCUCCUCAUCAUCCUCUGCGUCGCCGCCAUGCUCUUCGUCUACUUCUUCCGCAUCUACGUGCCCAUUUCACGCUGUCUCCGCCGCAUGGAGAUGAUGUUCCUCACGCCCAUCAUCUCCAACAUCGGCGUCAUGCAGGACGGCCUUGUGACCAUCCGAGCCCUGAAAGCCGAAUCCCACUUCCAGGACCGCCACCUGAGCGCCGUGGACGACUUCCAGAAGCAGGACCACUUCUUCUGGAGCAUGGCCUUCUGGCUCGACUUCCGCCUCAGCAUGUCCUCGGCCUGCGUGCGCGCAGCCCUCGUCCUCUUCAUGGUCUGGUCCAGAACGCCCGCCAGCGCCAUCGGCUUCGUCCUCACCCAGACCACCAUCGCCAUGAUGGCCGUCCAGCAGCUCUGCGAGAAGUUCGCACAACUCCAGCUCGACGCCGUCUCGCUCGAGCGCAUCGACAUGCUCAACAGGAUCCCCGAGGAGCCCAGCGGCGGGGACGAGCCUCCGGAGGACUGGCCCAGGCCCUCCGACGACGUCACGUUCAACGACAUGUCCUUCCGAUAUGCGGACCACCUCCCGUCCGUCCUGCGCAGCGUAUCUUUCGAGAUCCCAGGAGGGUCGACCUGCGCCGUGCUGGGCCGCACGGGCUCCGGCAAGUCCACAAUCGCCAACGCACUCCUUGCGACCGAGCUGCCAUGCCACGGCACCGUCAAGAUCGGCGCCGUCGACCUGUCCGAGGUGUCGCGAGCCGCUCUCCGCAACCGCGUGACCUUCAUCCAGCAGGACCCGAUCUUGUUCCCCGGCACGCUGCGCGAUAACAUCGACCCGGAGGGGAAGUUCUCGACGGAGGAGUGCCAAAACGCCAUCCGCCGCGUCCUGGGAGCCGACUGGGGCCUCGAGACGCACAUCGACGCGGCGGGGAAGAACCUGAGCCAGGGGCAGCGGCAGCUGGUCAGCAUCGGCAGGGCGGUGCUGCGCCGGAGCGGGUUGGUGAUCCUGGAUGAGGCAACAGCGUCGAUCGACCGGAAGACGGCGGCUACGGUGCAGAGAAUUCUGAGAGACGAUUUAUCAGGGAGCACUGUUAUCACCAUUGCCCACCGACUGGAGGCGGUGGAGGAUGCAAACUGGUGUCUGAGACUGGAUCAUGGGGAGGUGGUUGAGUGUGGUCCGGCGAAUGGCUCCGAUUUGAGGGGGAAAACUGCGUCAAAUACAUGA